AUGCUUAGCUCGGCGCGGACAGCGGCAGGACGGGCGACCUGCGCCGCCUGCGCACGACGACCACCUCGAGCGACCCUCUCGACGACGACAUCUCGCCUCGCCACGCUCGAUGGACGGUUACUGAGGACGGCCAGUGGGUGGCAUGUGGUGGGAAAUCAGCGCAGAGGGGCGGCAUCGUACGCUCAGGCGGGGAAGGAGGUCGAAGAGCAAUCCGAGGAGCGGGAUGAGGAGGCGGAUGCGAGCGAAGCUGUCCAUCGUGAGGAGGAGGCCAAGUCGCACGACGCUCUGAACGCCAUGCUCGACGCCAUCGAGAAGCCAACACAGUCGUCAGUCGCCGAAUCGUCUGCUUCGCCCUCUUCCACCGGCGAGCCAUCGUCCAGUGCGCCCCCGAAGAAGAAGAAGACCCCUCUCGAACAAAUCAUGGACCCAGAGAAGGGCCAGCCGACGUUGAAGGAUCUCGAAGCGUUCCGUCCCCGACGAUUCACCAUCCCCGAACCGACCUCUCCUCAGUCGCACCGGCUCGUCUACGAGAAGGUAUGGGAGAAGACGUACAAGAUGAUCGACCGAGCCUUCACGAAGCGGCAGGUCUUCAACUUUGCGUACAGGCACGGCCUCAACCUCGACACUUCGGACGAGCGGAUGCGGACGGCGCUGCACGGCGUCAAGCACAAGUGGUGGAAAGCCAAGGCGCUCGACCAGAUGAACAAGCGCGAGCUGUGCUACACCAUCAUGCGGCUGCACUGGCACAUGCAGAACCCGACGACCCUGCCCAAGCCGCAGACGGGCAAGACCUCCUCGAUGACUGUCAACCUCACCGACCGCGACCUCUUCCUCAUCCUCUCUCCCAACUCCACCCUCAUCAGCAACCUCUCCCGCGAGCACAACGUCAAGAUACUCUUCCGUCGCUUCCCCGACCAAGGGCGAGUCGGCAUCAUCUUGUCCGGCGCGCAUGCGAACCUCGUCACUGCGCGAGAAGAGGUCGAGGCGCUUUCCGAGACCUGCGAGAAGACCGAGUUUCACCUCCCCGCGCCUGCGACAACCUUGCGACCGGAAGUCUAUCAGGCCAUCUCGCGAUCAUCCAAGGCUUUCCUCGAGCCUGGGUCUGAACCGGACAAGCUGAAGGCGAGCGCUGUCGAGGCCAAGUCGAUUGUCAAGACGGAGCGUCAUGUCGUUGCCGCCUUCAACGCCGACUCGGAGCGCAAGUCAACCGCGCUCUUCGCCUCCGUCCCGCAAAACCUCGACACCCUCCGCUACUCAAUGUUCCCGCACUCCUCCCUCGUCCCCGUCUCACAAAUCCUCACGGGCGGAACCUCGUCCUUCGCUCGGUUCAAAUCCAUCUCCCUCUCGUCCACCUCUUCGAGCGUCGCAGAGGACCCGGCGCACAAGGCGCAUCUGGAGAUGCUCCAAUGGACGGAACGGAUGCGGCUUGAGCGCUCGGCGAGGAUUGGGAUCUAUGCGCCUCCUUCGACGGACGGGUCGUCAAAGACACCCGCCGAACUGUCGAUCCUCCGCGCUUUGCGCGCCCCCUUCGCGGAAGAAGAAAAGGAAGGGAAGGAGGUGAACGUCUCUGCGCGAUUCGGACACGUCGCUUGGCCGCUUUAUCGCGAUUACGAGCGACAGUCGGCGCUCGGACCCGUGUUGGAGGGUAGUUGGCCGUUUGGGCGGUUCGCGGACUGGGCGAGCGAGACGGUCAAGAAGGUCAAGAACGUGUUCCUCCCUUCCCCCCCGAGCGGCGUCCUCCAGUCGACCAAAGUCCUCGAGCCUCUCCCCGUCCCCUCCGCACCCUCAUUCGCCUCCCUCCUCUCGACAGCGCUGGACGAACGCGCCUCGACCUCCGAAGCCGAGCGUACGAAAUCCCUCCUCUCGGGUCCGCGCCUCGAAACCGUCGUUUUCAGGCGAUGGACUUACAGGCCCAAGACGCCGGCCAAGGGGGGAGAGGCGCAGAGGAGGCUGGAAGUUGUGUUUGAGUUGAAGGACGCCGAGGAGGUGCCGGUUGUGAGGGACAUGCGGAUCUUGAAGACGACCGUUAGGCUUGUGAAGGAGAACAAGGUCGAUUUGAUGAUUCCCACUGGAUCGCACGACGCGCAGUUCUCGAUGUCGACCACGACCGAGGUCCCGCAGGACGAGUACCCGGCGGCGUUCACGACGGCCGCUCUGACGUUCCACGGCGCUCCGCCGCUGACGAUCCACCACAAGUGGGGCAUCUUCAUGCUCGACACGGAUCACUACGUCCGGCGAACGAUCAUCCCUCCCUCUUCUCCCUCCAACUCAUCUACGAGCACCUCCCCCUCUUCAGCGCCAUACGACCCCUCGUCGCCCUCCGUCCCUCCCGCACCUCUAACAAUCCAAGAACGCUGGCACUCGCUCACGCGCGACGGGUCGCGCGGAGUAGAUGUGAGUUACGAGCUGGGCAAGGGUACGGUUGAGGAGGUUAGGAAGGCGGGGUUGUGGAAGGCGGGUUUGGAGGCGGUCGAGAAUAGGUGUCUUGGGAAGAGGGCGAGGGAGGGGAGGGAGGGGGAGGGGACGGGAAGCAAGGCGGGGUUGUUGUUGUUCAAGCGGUGA